AUAAUAUUAAAUUACUUUGCUAUUUAGCAAAAAAAAUAAAAUAAUAAUAAUAAUAUAAGCAGUGCUUAUUAAUUAAGCACCAACCCUAUAAGGUUAUUAUAAGAUCAUCUUAAUAAUCAAAUUACAAGUUUAGGCUCAAACCACCAAUAAUCAUGUCACUCUUUAUAUUUUAAAAAUUGAAAAGAAAAGACAAGAAAUAUGACAGAGUUAAACCUGCAAAUUUUCUAUUAUGGCUAAUAAAAUAAAAAUACUGGAAACCCAAAAUUUCCUUUUAAAUUAUUUUUGGCUUUAUAAAUACAAACCACAAAACUCUUUUCCUGAAAAGAAAAAAUGUCUCUAUAUAUUUCUCUCUGAAACUAAUCCUCAAACACACACGUACUCCAACCACCACCACCAGUACAGUACUAUGGCCUCCCUAACCUGCUCAGUCUCCGACCUAUCUUCUCUCCUCAGCUCGGGCGCCACCACAAACACCUCCAACGCAGCCGCAGCGGAGUUCCUCUGCGGCCAACUCAACGCCGUAUCAGCUCAGCUAUCUGCAACCACCUACGCCAUCGACAACACUUACCUUCUCUUCUCAGCAUAUCUAGUCUUUGCUAUGCAACUCGGCUUCGCCAUGCUCUGCGCCGGCUCAGUCCGAGCAAAGAACACCAUGAACAUAAUGCUCACCAACGUACUCGACGCGGCAGCCGGUGGCUUAUCCUACUACCUCCUUGGCUUCGCUUUCGCUUACGGCUCACCUUCAAACGGCUUCAUCGGCCGCCACUUCUUUGGACUAAAAUCCUUCCCUUCUCCUGCUGGAGACUACAGCUUCUUUCUGUACCAAUGGGCUUUCGCAAUAGCAGCCGCCGGUAUCACAAGCGGCUCUAUCGCGGAGAGAACUCAAUUCGUCGCUUAUCUUUUGUAUUCCUCCUUCUUAACAGCAUUCGUCUAUCCCGUAGUGUCCCACUGGUUCUGGUCAGCUGAUGGGUGGGCCAGUCCGACCCGACCCGGAAAAGACUUCUUAUUCGGAUCUGGAGCGAUCGACUUUGCUGGUUCGGGUGUGGUUCACAUGGUUGGAGGCAUAGCCGGUCUAUGGGGAGCCUUCAUCGAAGGUCCCAGACUCGGACGGUUCGACAGGUCAGGUCGUUCAGUUGUGCUACGUGGCCACAGCGCGUCACUUGUGGUUCUCGGGUCUUUUCUUCUAUGGUUCGGGUGGUACGGAUUCAACCCGGGUUCGUUUCUGAUUAUCGUAAAGAGCUACGGUACUACGAACCAACAUGGGACUUUUUACGGACAGUGGAGUGCGAUUGGGAGGACAGCUGUCACGACGACAUUGGCUGGCUCAACAGCUGCACUCACCACUUUAUUCGGGAAACGGUUACUGGUCGGUCAUUGGAACGUCAUCGAUGUUUGCAACGGUCUCCUCGGUGGCUUCGCCGCUAUAACAUCGGGUUGUUCGGUUGUGGAGCCAUGGGCUGCAAUCGUCUGCGGCUUCGUUGCUUCCUGGGUACUAAUCGGCUUCAACAAGUUAGCCGAGAAGCUGAGAUACGAUGACCCGUUGGAAGCGGCUCAGCUACACGGCGGGUGCGGCGCGUGGGGAUUGAUAUUCACGGGUUUGUUUGCUACAAAAGAGUAUGUGGCUGAGGUUUACUCCGGUGGACCCGCGGACAGGCCGUACGGGUUGUUGAUGGGCGGAGGAUGGAGAUUACUGGCGGCGCAAGUUGUUCAGGUGUUGGUGGUGGCGGGUUGGGUCACGGCCACUAUGGGCCCACUUUUUUACGGUUUGAACAAGUUGAAGCUGUUGAGGAUAUCGAGGGAUGAUGAGAUGGCGGGUUUGGAUUUGACGAGACACGGUGGAUUUGCUUACGUGUACCAUGAUGAAGAUCCCUCUAUUAGACCUGAUCAUCAUCAGUUUACGAUGAGGAAGAUCGAGCCUACCAACUCUAAUUUCAUGAGCCCAGCCAAUAACAAUUCUAAUACUGAUGAUGAUGAUAAUAAUAAUCAUGUACCAUCUUCCACCACUAUUAAUGUCUAAAAAUCUCUUAUGUAUAAUUUAAAUUUUUCUGUUUUUAUUGAAAAUAUAGUUAAAUUAGAAAUAUUUCACAUUUAUCUUUUGUGGUUAA